CGGCGCGGCGGCUGUGGGCUGUCGGAGCCCCCCUUGGCUUCCCCCCGUUGCAUUUCCGUCGGUUUAAAGGAAGGCGCGGGAGCUUGGUUUGCAACGGAAAGGGAGUCUCUUCCUCCGCCUCGUCUCGGGGGCUUCUCGCCUGUCCUCCGUCCUCACUGAGGGACAGUCGCUUGGCUCGGUUUUGUCUCCCGAGUUAUUUCUUUGGCAGGGACACAGGAUUGGUCUCGGGUUUAAAGGGACGACGCAGGUGUGGAGGAGCUGGACAGGAUGCCAAGAGGCAGGAAGAAAGAGAACAUUCCUCCUUUUCUGAGUGGCUAUGUGGUGUCUGAGGAAAGAAACGUCCAGAGAAACAUCAACAUCAAUCUGUACCUGUCCACGGAAAGGAAUGUAGCAGCCGACUCCGUUGUCCGCAGGUCAGACUGCGGAGGAGCGAGUUCCCAGGGGGGAAAACGGGCUGCGUUCACGGGAAAGGGAAGCAAUGACCUGCAGCAACGCCGUGUGGUUCAGACCAACCUCUCUUGCCCUUAUUGGCCUUUCCAGGACGCCACCGGCGGCUCUUCACCCAAACGGCAAAGCAACCUUGCGUCGAAACUGCAGAGGGGUGCAUCUGGAGACUCCGAGUUUACCAGCGAUGCACCGAUUCCCUGCCCCUCUCUCUGCUCAUGCUCAGAGCAGCUCGGUUUAAAGGGCAACCCUCCCAGCCACCUCUCGAGUAGAAGCCACUAUGUCUCUCAUGACUGCGGUACCCUCUCCAAAAACAGGAUGGGAAGCGAGGACCAGUAUGGGUCAAAACCAAGCCAUGUUUGUGCGUCGAGAAGAAUCUGCGGGCAUCUCGGGGAUUGCAGAGGGUGCUUCUCUCCAGCCGAAUUGCCUGUGACAUCGGCUCCUGGCUCCGGUUCCUGCCAGUGUCCUCCCACGAGCCCCAGCAAAAGCGACGACUCUUUCCAUCGUGGGCCCGGCCUUACCUUGCACCAUUUGAACUCUUCGACUUUGGUGGAGAGCACUGGGUCUUCUGCAGCGCUCCAGACCCUCUUGAAGUCUUCCCGGACGUCUGCUGACCUGCACCGCUCCAUCCGGCAGCUCAAGCGAGAAGCCGCCUCCUCAAUGGGGGCGUUGAGCUCCUCCCCCUGGGAAUCCAAACGUCCUCUUUUCCCUUGCCAACCGCUCCGCAAUCCUCAGGUCUCCACCUCGACCGUGCUGAGUGCUGUGGAGCAUCUCGCGGCGGGAGAGAGCUACGCCAGGCAGGCCAGCGUCAAAUGGCGAGCCCCUUUUCCCAGGGACUGGGGCGGCACUUCCACCGAGGGCAAACCCAUCUCCGUUGUCUACAGGUGCGACAACGCUGGAUUGCAGACAUGUCCAACGGAGGCCUUGGACCAGUCAGGUUUCCGUGGCGGCUUUGAUCUGACCUCGCUGGCACUUCGGGGAGAAGACCUCUGUUCCAAAACCUCCAUUCGCUACCUCGAAUGUUGCUCGGGCGGCGGGUGGCGGACUCGGGAAAGAACGGGUGCCUGCGGUUGCUCCAAAACCUGCUGCCACCAAAAGGCAGCUGAUCCGGAAGAGCUCGCCUCUGGAGCGUUGUGUCGCUCGGAGUUGAGUCUCUCAGACCAUGCCUUGAGUCUCCUUUCCUUUGACAGCUUGGAGGUCUCCCUGAAGACGUUGUGCGCCGACUCUCCGGCGAACCUGGGGUCUCCUGUGUGCGUCAGCCUGUCGGUGCAUUCUCCUGCGUGCCGGUUUAGGAACGGCAACCAGGAUUCUGACCUCUGUGAAGCUGGGGGCGAACUAGGAGAGGACAGUGGGGGCCCCACACUCUCCGCAAGGGAGCACGCUGCGGAUCUGCCCCACUGGAAGCUCGGCCGCUUUGGAGAACAUUGGCAGGCUGCCAAUAGUAUAGGUGCGACCGUUGUUGGGAGUAGUGGCAACGGCUCCCCAAAUUCCAUGCCCGGCGACUGUUGGCCUGAUGCGGAAAAUAGUCAGGGAGGAGGGCCUUCAGCGGAGCAGACUGGGAAAAGGACUACAGCGUUGUACGACGAGGAGAGCAACAACCGGAUGGAUGAUAAGCAAAAGGAGGACCUGGAAUCGAUGGAGAAGAAGAGAAACAGGCCUUUGCCCCAGAGGGUGGACCCCCAGCUAGAGAAAUGCUUUGUGGCCUGGCGCAACCAUGUCUCUGGGAAAACGGCCACUGCCCAGGCUCUGUAUGAGCGCCAGCUGUUGCGCAAGGGGCUUGCUGCCCUGCGGUGGGCCGUGCAGUUAAGGAAGGUUCAAGCAGGCAUUGCCCAGAGGAACCACAUUCUGGUGGUGCUGGCAGCCAGCUUCCGCAAGUGGCAGGAUGCUUUGGCAAAGCAGCGGAAGGCACCCCCUUCCCCGCAACAGGAGGCAGCGAACCCCAUCAGAGGAGCGCCGACAACCCCAGAAGCAGGGGGCGUAAGGAUGUCCCCCAACCUAUGCCACCUACCUGCGGAACACCUGGAAGACGCUGCCCGGUACAGCAGGGCGGAGGGAAAUCUCUGGACGCAGCUUCAUUGCCAGCAGGGAGGGGGCGAGACCUGCAGAAAGGCCGCGGCUCUACGGGAUGUGAGGCGCUUGGCUGCAGCUUUCAGAUUGUGGCGCCUUCAGAAGGAGCGUCUGGAGAAAGAGGAGAUUCGCGCCCAGGAGGCUCUCGCCCUUCUGGAGAAAAAGAGGCUGGUGAGCGCGUUUGAGGCCUGGCGUUCCCGCUACAGGGCAGCCCGACGGAUCCUGCCGCUGGUGGCUCAGGUGCAGAAAGGGCUGCUGAGCCGCUGUUUCCAGGCCUGGAAGUCUGUCGCCGACCGGGAGGCGCUGUGCAGGCACAGCAGGGAAGGCCUGCGACUUGAAUCCCUGAGGGUGCAUUUCCAUCAAUGGGCCCUGAUGUUGCAAGUCCGGGAAAAGGCCAGGAAGACUCUGCUGGAGCUGUGGGACUUGAAGCGGAAGAGAGCCCACGCAGGAAACAUGGAUGCAGCUGAAAAGGUUCCUGCAGCCCACGCAAGGUGGUCCCAAAAGAGUGGCGCCGAUGCGCUGGACGACUUCUACCACGCAUUGACGUUGCAGCAGGCGUUCCGGACUUGGGAAUUGAGGUGGCGGGAAUCCCAGCGGGCGACCGCUUUCCGCCGAGUCUCGGAAAGGCGGCAGCUGAGAGAAGCUCUUGGGCUCUGGCGCCUGAAGACUCUCUGCCCGCAUCCUCUUGGACUCGGCCCCGGGGACCUCGCUGAGGACCUUCUCCUUGCGUCGCCGGAUUCCGAGGAGUCUUCCCUGUCCUCUGGUUUCCAUAGCAACGUGCCUGCCCCGCCUCUCUCUAGCGGUUCGCUGGACAAGGAACGCAGCUCGGAGGACAGUAGCCAGGCUAGCAGCUCCUCGUCGUUCGCGAUUGAAGACUCGGGGCACCUUCCUCAUCAUGGCUCCCCAUCUCCCAGCCAUUUCUCCAGUGAGUCGCAAGAUCUCGCUGCUGCAGAUCUCCUCAUGCAAGCGCCGUUCCCUCUGGGUUAUGGCCACACCCAGAAUCGGAGGCAGCUGCUGGCAAAAUGCUUUGCGUUUUGGUCGGCCAGGACUGUGCAGAACCUGAAGGCAGAGCAACACCGCAAGCGGGCUCUCCUCUCCAGGGCUUUCACUUCCUGGUCUGCGGCAGCCGCCUGCUUUUCUACGUGGCGCACGACUCUAGCAUGCUUGGAGAGGGCCAGGCGGCAGCGUCUUCUGGCGUCCUCCUUCGGGAAGUGGAAGGCGGAGUUCCUGAGAGCUGAGCGGCGACGGAAAGACGAACGCCCGCGGCGGAGACUGGCGGGGUACGGGGCGACGUGGCGAUGGAGGAAAGCUAUCAGGGGGUCCUGGGCUCUGCGUUUUAGCUCCAUCAGCCAGGCCAGCGGCUACUGGACAAGAGCGGCCACCUUCCGCCAGUGCGUCCGGCGGCAGAGCGGCUUCAUCGGAUCCCGGAAAUUCCUGAAAGCGCCCCUUCUUUGGCCAAGCAGGCGCAGGCGGACGAGCGACGAGGCUCCUCGGCCAGGCUUAGCCAUCCGUUCCAGGCUGACUUGCAGUUCUUUCCGCGUCUGGCUGACGCUCUACAGAUGCCAAAGCAAAACCCUGGGGCCACAGCGGGCCCCCAUGCAUCUGGAGGCAGUAGGACAAGGCAGCAGACAUGGGUGGAGCCAGGAGACGAGGCCCGAAAUGACCCUAUUCGCGGUGGGCAGGAGGUGGCUUGGGAGGAAGUAUUUGACACGGUGGAAACACCGCGUCCUCCUGCGCCGAUUCCAGCACAGAAAGGAGAAGAGGUGCCUGGCGGGGGCAUGGGUGGUUUGGAAGGAUAGCUGCCAGACAGAGCUGGCAGUGCAAGCUUUGGUGAGGCAGAGGCUGGCGCAGUGGAGCUGGGCAGUCUGGAGGCGGCGCUGCCUGCAGAGCUGGGUGGCUGAGCGUUUCCUGGCGGGCGAAGAGAGGCAGCUUCUCGAGCAGGCUUUUGGAAGGUGGCGGCAGCUGACAGCCUCCCGUUCAGAGGGCAGAGGUGACUUCUAACAGGCCGAAACAUGUUUUUUAAGAUUUCCAGGGCAGCGAGUGAGUCUGCAGGCAAAAGGAAAUGGCAGCUUUCCACCCCCAUUUUGCCUGCAAAAGCCUUGGCAACUGAACAUUCUCCAGCCUAUCAGAUUACGACUUGGAAAAGCCCAGAACCUUUAUAGGUAGCAUGAGCUUUCCAUCACAAAUCUCUUCUCUCUCUGGUGGAGCGAGCACUCGUCAUUUUUUUAUUGCUCAAUAAAACACUAGCAGCCUCAAAGUCUUUUUUUUUCUUCCUUCCUUGCAAAGGAACAGUGCCAAUCGACUUGCUUUCAAAUUACAGCUGGGCAACUGAGUCAUAGGCUGCUAUACAUUAAAGCGCAUUCCCCUCUCUC